GAUUUCUCGCGACAGACAGUGGAUGGAUAGGGUGGGGACAGGUCUGCCCUUUGGACACCGAGUCCAACACGACAAGAACGGCUGUGGCUUCAGUUCUUAAACGAACUGUCAUAGAAAGUUUUCAUGGCGAAUGCCUGUGUAUCUCGGCGAGGCUAUGCGGCGAGUGUCCCUCAGGGUUCGGCUCGUGGAUAGCUACUUGUGGGAAGAUACCGCCUGGUAUCACCUCUGCUUUUGGUCAGCACUGCUGGCGUUUUGUCGUGGACGGCUCUGGUGGACGCUGACCAUCAUGUGUGCCGUCUCGUUUCUCUCUCUGGCAUCCAUACUGUUUGCCUGUUACGCAGUGGAGAGCGCGCGACUCUCGCUUGUUAAAGGCGCCGAGUAUGAUGGCCGUUACCAGGGACUCAACACCGGAUCACUUACCUUCGUCAACAAACACCGUUCUCUAAAAGCUGUACAAGGUCCUUCCUCAGCCAAAGCUCUGCUCCAAGAAGAAAUCGGUGAUACAAGACUUCGUGUUCGAUCCCAGCAAGAAUUCCCUUCACAAUCCGCGACAGGAAACAAACUCCAGGCAGCCCAAAUUCUUUUUAAAUCGAAUUCAAAUUAUACUGACUUUUUAGAAAGAGAUAAUCGUAAUAAAGACAUCAAUGAGAAACAUUUGGAAAGUGAUGUGUCGCAAACGAGCUCAUUCCAUGACAAUGUCGCCAGUGUAUAUAACAGGACGAAUUCAACCUCUCUCAAGUACGCGGUAUUAGAUGUUGGGGAGGAGGCCAGUCGAAACUUACCUCAAGCUAUUAUUAUAGGGGUCAAAAAGGCUGGUACUCGUGCUUUAUUAGAGUUUAUUCGCCUGCAUCCGGAUGUGCGAGCUCCGGGGCCAGAAACCCAUUUCUUUGACAGGAAUUACCACAAGGGAUUGGACUGGUACAGAAGGAAGAUGCCUCCAACGAUCUCUGGUCAGAUCACCAUCGAGAAGACCCCAAGUUACUUCGUGACGAAAGAGGUCCCGCGUCGUGUGUACGACAUGUCCAAAACCGUAAAGCUCAUAGUAGUGGUUCGGGACCCAGUUACUCGUUCUAUAUCGGACUAUACUCAGGCCCACACCAAACGGCCCGAGACUAAGGCCUUCGAGGAGAUGGCCUUCCUCAACAACAGCGGUGGGGUGGUGGAUACCUCGUGGGGGGCUAUACGUAUAGGCGUGUAUGCUAAACACUUAGAGCGCUGGCUCAAAUAUUUCCCUUUAGAACAAAUACAUUUCGUAAACGGGGAAAAACUGAUUUCCGACCCUGCCCGAGAGAUUAGUAAAGUCCAAGAAUUCCUGGGCUUAAAGUGCAUUGUCACCGAGAAACACUUUUACUUUAAUGAAAGCAAAGGCUUUCCGUGUUUGAAGAAGCACGAGGGGAGUGGAAAACCCCACUGUUUAGGGAAGACAAAAGGUCGGACUCAUCCCCACAUAGACCCCAAAGCCAUUCAAAGGCUCAGGGUUUUUUACCACCCGUUUAACAUGAGAUUUUACAGGAUGGUUGGUCAGGAUUUUGGCUGGCCAGUGCACUGAACGCCAUAAAUCCACCCAAUGGACAAAUCUUAAUUUACAUGUGAAUCAUAUUGAUUCAGAUAAUGGCAAAGUUUUUGGAAUCCCUGACUGCUUCGUGGAGAGGUUUGACCAAGACUAGCAGUGGACGAUUCUGAGCUGUUGGCUUAUUCUGCUAUACGGACAUGGCCAACGCUUUUUGGCAGUGUAUAAAAUGUGGUGACUGGUGAAAAAAUCAGACCUGGAAUUGUAUUUAAUAUUCCGCAAGAAUUGUGCGAAUUUUAGAAUAGGUAAAUGCCAGCAAGGAAGAUGAGCCUUUUUAUAUUUAUAACAAGUACUAUUAUGAUCUUGGAGUUGUAACCCCAAAUAAUACUCAGGUGACUCUAUUUUCGUACCUCAUUGUCGUCACGUGGUGUUCCACACAAUAACACUGGCACCUUCUAUUUUCAUACACCCUGUAUCAUGCUCAAUUCACCACCACAGUGCCCGUAGUCCGCUUGCAUAAUAGAGAAUAGAGAAAGAGUCUGUUAGGUGCCUCUUAGACCCUAUACGGUUUUUGUAAGCACUCGGUGAGCGCAUAUGGACUGUUUCUGGGUCCAGUCUGUUGGUUCCCAAAGGCGUGUUAGAUAAGCUUUAAUCUCCAGGAACGUCUCUGUCAUCUCAGA